AUGGCUGAAGAAGAAGAUGAAAAUAAAAACUUGAUCAGAUCAGAUUUGAAGAAGAAGAAGAAGAAGAAGAAGAAGGAGGAGAGGAUAGAAGGGGGUUGCACAGAGGGUGUUGGGAGAGGGAGGCAAAUGGAGAAAAGGGAGGGUGUAAAUGAGAAAGAAGGGGGUGGUGUGUUUUGGCCUUUAGGGCUUUUGUGGAAAUGA